UUCUUUGGUAUUUUACCUCUUAUGUCAUGCUGGUCAAUACCAAAUUUUGGUAUCAGAUCAGAAUUAGGUAUUCAUUAGUUAUUUUCUCCUGCUCGGGAUGUCUAUGGAAACAGAAUCAAAUGCGCCGUUAAUAUCCAAAACGACUGAAGUCAAUUGCUCCUUGGCCGGCACCGGUGAUGUAGUGGUUUAGAGCGAGGUUACUAGAAAACAAUGCUUGGACAUGCUUAGAGUAGGUGUGGACGUCGAUUAAACUGGGCGAUCGUACCUUGUUUUUCUGUGCGGUUUACUUUCCUCCCGACCGUAUACGGGAGCGUGACCUCAUCGAAACCCAUUGCUAACAAGGUUGCAAAGACUCAUUUCAGCUAAAACAAUGUUUUUCUAAACUAUGAAAUAAUUAGAUGCCAUGAUCAAAUUUUGAAUUGGUAGGAUACAAGAAGAGGUUGCAAAGAAUGUGUUUGACAUAUUAAACCUGUUUAUUUCACUUCUUGAGAGUCACAAUCAGCGAUUUUUCACAAACUCACUCACUCACUCACUCACUCACUCAGCGAUCAGCAAAUCGCUGAUUGUGACUCAUAGAAAGCAAAAUUUACAGGUUUUAUGUUUCCAACGCAUACUUUGUAACCUCUUCUUGUAAGUUACAAGUAAAACAUACCAUCAUACCAUCUUUUGGUUUUAUUAUUCCGAAAAACAUUAUUUUAGCUGAAAUGAGUCUUUGCAACCUUGAUUGCCAAUCGGUUUUCUCUGUUCUGGAUACCGCCAAAGCAACCGAUGAAGUUAUUGUGUUUGAUGACUUCAAUCUCCCGGGGAUUUCAUGAAAAAAAAACUCGCAACGGCAAAUCGUGUCGCGGAGGUGCAGCGACUCACUGAAGGAGGCACUUGGAAUCACGUCGCCGGUCUGGAGAACCCGGCCGAUCUCAUCUCGAGGGGUGUCGAUCCCUGCGAGCUCGUCAACAACGCACUAUGGUGGAAGGGUCCACCGUGGUUAACGUCCGAUCCAGCGGAGUGGCCAAGUAUGUUUCCAGUCCAAGCCGCCUGUGAAUUUCCUCCCGAAGUUCUCGAGGUGAAGCUUCGUACGCUUGCAGCCGUCACUCGAUCCACCGAAGCUCCCGACCGCACACUGUUCACCCGCUACUCGUCACUAACGAGACUCAUCCGAAUCGCUGCAUAUUGCCGCAGAUUUGUGCGGUACUGUCGGGUCAAGCUCGCUGGAUUCCACCUACAAGCUAUUCCGUACCUUACCUCAGCAGAACUCCUUCAAGCACAAGAAGGCCUUGUAAAAGUUGUGCAAAAUGAGUGCUUCAGCCAAGAAAUCGCUAUGCUUCAGGCCAGAUGCGAAGCGGAUCUCAAGAAAUCCCCAUUACGUACCUUGAAUCCCUUCAUCCACGAUGAUGUACUUCUGGUCGGUGGCCGGCUGAACCACUCUUCAUACUCGUUCACGCGCAAGCAUCCAAUGCUUUUGCCUGCAGCGCAUCCGUUCACUUCACUGCUCGUUGAUUCGGUGCACAAGCAGCUUCUCCACGCUGGACCGCGUGCGAUGAUCGCACACAUCCGUGAACAAUAUUGGCCAUUAAACCUCCGUAACCUGGCACGGAGACACGUCAAAUCCUGCUUGCGUUGUUACCGCACACGACCACAAGCAGAACACCAGCUGAUGGGCCAACUUCCGAAAGUUCGCAUCACUCCGACCCGUGCGUUCCUCAACACGGGCGUUGACUUCUGUGGUCCCGUUUGGCUGAAGGUACCAGUACGUCGAACGAAACCAGCUCCACCGAUCCGAGCAUACGUCGCUGUAUUCGUAUGUAUGGCUACGAAGGCCGUACACCUCGAAUUGGUUGGCGAUCUCAGCUCCGAAGCCUUCAUCGCAACGUUGAAACGGUUCGUUGCACGGCGAGGCAAGCCAAUCGCCCUGUUCUGUGACAAUGCCACCAACUUCAAGGGCGCAGACAGGGAACUACGAGACCACUGCAAGAACAAGCAGAAACCUAAACCUAUUGUACCCACACGCCGCACAUAAUUGUACUUCGCUCUACACUCCACACAGCAGGAAAAAACAAACAGCUACAUCACGUAGGAAUAUCCUCAUGACUCGAUCACUCUCGAUCGAGUCGGUAGGUAUAAAAGUACCGGCACCAAACUUUACCUAUAAUCAGUACAAAUCGAACCAUUAUACGAAUAACACCCGUUCAAUAUACAAUUAAUUUCUAACGCCGCGAGUUCAUCUCUUUUUCUCCUGACCGAAGCCAACCACAAGCCAAUCAAUCAGUCUUUUUCAAGACUACAAGAGUUUAACUUUCUGUGGCUAAAAUCCCCUGAACCAGUGACCAUUUCCGGAUAGUUCGCUCAGCCGUUGCCAGGCGUUGGAGCUCAUCGAAGAGGAUCCCAGUGCGUGGACAACUAUCUUCGUCGCACUCCAAGCAGCGCAUGACAAAUUCCGUAUGAAGGCAGUCCUCUUUCAUUUACGUCGUGAAAAAAAAACUAGCUCAGUACGUUCUCUCUCUCUUAGAUCGGUCGGUUACUCGGAGAGGAUUAAAAGCUGCUCGUUUUAGUCAGCCGUUCCGUAUUGUUUGACAAAAAAUGAUGAUCGUUGGAAGCAACACAAAAAACUUAAAAUGGGUGCAAAACGGAUUCGAACCACCAACGUUGAGAUUAACAGGCUUGUGUCUUUACCACUGGUCUAUCAACGCUUAGGAGAAUGGAUAGGCUAAAGGAAAACAAGAAGCGCUCAUAGUGUGGUUACUAGUCUGCUCACAUGCACGUUCGACGAUAUUUGCUUUUUUUUGUCCAUGCAUGAUACAGAAAAGAGAAGUGAAGGUAAAAGAUGCGAUAGGAUUUGUUCAAAGGGAUUACUGUCGGCUUCUCUUCGUCAAUGACGAAGAAUGUAUGGAAAUGAUGGUUUUUGUACAGCGACAAUUUACUUUUGGUUUUCGUCAAACGUCACUGACCAAACUGACCGUUACCAACUCUGGUACCGGUACAUACCGCUGCUGCCAUUGAUGGUAAAUCGGAAUGGCCGACACAGUGACUCCUGUCCUACUGUGCGGCCGGAUCUCUCGCCAGAUUGGCGAAGCGAGCGGAUGACGGGCCAGCGGGCGUUGCUGGACGGUGGGAUGGCAGGCGUCGUCCUUCGUUGGCACGAUCGGUCGACCGUGGCAAGGCCACCUUGGUCAAGCCGAUAAGGGAAAACUCCAUUGCGAUUAUGGCCUACAUUUGGCCAGAUAAUAGUAUUUGGGCCUUGAUAAUUGGGCUCGGAAACUGUUUCCAAUUUCACGAGCCGGCCGUGUGUUGACGGAUGACCUUUUUAAGGUCCAACAUAAAAGAAGUCCUAUCGGACGAAUACGUAAUUAAUUUACGGUUUUUGGUGCAGGGUAUUUAGUUACCUGAACGUUAAAUUUCCCUAGCGCAUACUAACUGCUGCUAGGGGGGGGGCGAGUCCUGGUUCACGUUCAAAAACAGCAACCACUGCACUUAGCUAAUUAAAAUGCGUCUUAGCACACGGACGCCUGAUAUUAAAAGAGGCCGAUUUUGGGCAAUGUCUGUUCUUUUCUCCCAAUUUUCCUUCAUCCCGUCAUCCUUGUUUUGUAUAGUUGUUUGUUGCUCUAUGGUGGACAUAACGUAACUCUUGAUCGCUUGUAGUACUUAUGAAUAUUUAAGGUGUACAAAAAGGCGAACUACACGCAGAAAAAAAUAUUUUAAGCGUAAUAAUAUUUGACGUAAAUGCAAUA